CAGAGGAAUAUGUGGCCGUGUGGUUUUAUUUAGAUGGACUGUUGGCAGGAGUGUACAUCAGAGGAAGCCAAAAGCCAACUGGAAUAGUUCCUGAAUGUGGUUUUAAUCUUGUUUGCAAUUACACUGAAGGGGAGAAACCAUCUGAAUCAGAAUUAAGAUGCUCUGGUUUCAAGGAAAUAGCAUGCAACUUGCCAAAUGCUCCUUUGGACUCUUCUUGAGAAAUUUCUCUGCCUCUAAGACAACUCUGCCUGUGCUGACCUUAUUCACAAAGGAUCCGUGCCCCCUUUGUGAGGAAGCCAAGGAAGUACUCAAACCUUAUAAAAACAGGUUCAUUUUACAGGAGGUGGACAUCACACUUCCAGAAAACUCUGCUUGGUAUGAAAGGUAUAAAUUUGACAUUCCUGUCUUUCAUUUGAAUGGCCAGUUUCUGAUGAUGCAUCGAAUAAACACCUCAAAACUUGAAAAACAGCUCCUGAAACUUGAGCAGCAAAGAGCUGGAGGCUGACUAGUGCCCUCAUGAUUUUCAACCUCUUUCCAUAAAGAACCUUUCUGAAGAAAUGUCCGCGGCCUCACACUCCUUAUGUCACUUUCACAGAACCCUAAGGAUGUUCUGAACUCAGUGGUGCCAAAUAAAUGUUGAAGUUCCUCUUGUGAUUGAUGGAAGUACCAAUGCAGGAACUGUUUACUUAUUGGCAUUUUAUAAAAUAAGAGGAGUGUAUUGGCAGGGAGGGAGAUGAUGGAGGGAGGGAGAAAUCCAUUUGUCUUACCUAUUCCUGUUGUAUUAACGUAGGAGCACUUCAGUCAUUGGGCAGUGCUGUGUGUAGGAAGAAGGCUCCGCAUUCUUGCUGCUGCCCAGGAGGACUUAACUUUUUAACGAAGGAAUAAAUGCUCUUCCACUCAGUAGAUAAAGUGAAAUGUGAAUUGUUAAUAACUGUUCACAGUCAAUAAAGGGAUGUUUUAGUGAA